AUGACCAAGCAGAGACAUACAGAUUCCGAUGAACAAACAUGUAGCACAGACAACAGAACACAGAACAACAGCACAGAGACACAGAACAUGCAGAGACAACAGAGUCAGGCGUACUCCAUCACCACAGACUUCCACCUGGGUGACAUCUACACCCUCUCUGACGUCAACGGCGCCGCCAACAACUCUGAAACCGUCGCUGGACCCUUCGGCUUCGGCUACGCCAUCAGUCUUAACGGCUCGAAAGAUCAGUGUGUCUCAGACAAGAACUUCGCCAGCAACAAUAGCUGCAUGUACGACCCAGCUCAGUGUACACAAGGCUUUAGCAUCAGUAUCUGGGAGAGAUCCAACUUCAGCUUGCAGGAGUUCAUGGGCGCCAGUAACUACCAGACUUUUCCCUUGAAGUACCUGGUCUCCACCGGUGGAGACGAUGAGGGGCACCCAGGUGUGGCACUCUACCAUCAAGGCAUCUUCUUGGUGGGGUUGGUCUCCACGGGCACCAUGUACUGGAAGGAGAUGGUAGUGGGUGCCGUCUACAACGACACCUGGACCAACAUUGCCUUGCGGUGGGAUCCUGUCAACGGCCUCGAGGGUAUGAUCAACGACAGGAGAGUGUUCUACAGGCAGUAUGGUGUGAACUGCACAAGGCUGCCGCCCCUGAACCCCCCAGAGAUCAUGAUCGGAUGCCACAAAGACUCCAACAACACCGUGUACCGCGACUUUAACACGGCAGACCUUGACGAACUAGCCAUCUGGCAGAAGCGACUCCCUGACAACAACACCGUCUUCUUUCUCGGUGGCUUUGAGGAAGAUGCAAAAAAUCUGAAUCCAGCUAAGCUUGACAGGAUCCUGGAUGGUGUUGACUUGACCGACCCGCAGCAACAGAUACAAGCAAUAAGUGCUCUGGUGGCCAUGACAGAUCCUCACAACAUUCAACCUGUCAACGCCUCUGUCAACGCUUCUAGUGGUACUGGAGUGUCGGCGAGUCAGUUGGAAAGCUUCAGCACGACACUGGGUCUUGUACAGCGGCUGGCUGACCCUAGCAGUGUUCCUAAGUGUAUCAACAUUAAUGACGCCCCCAAGUCUCUGGGUCUAGUGGCAGCCCUCAGCAAUCUCAUGGACACCAGCAGGAAGCAAGAGUGGGAAGCUUACCAGGCACAGACAGGCCAAGAUCCACUUUACUAUUGCAAAGUACUAGAACCUUACUUAAUGGCAGUUGCUGAGGCUCUGUCUUGCAACAAUGGCACCACUAGGAUGGGUGUCCACAUAACCGUGGAACAUGCACAUCUGCAGCUGGACAAGUUAUCAAUCGAUGACUUGAGUUCUAUGGACAACGGGUUUACAUCACCUGUGUAUACCCAGCAAUCUUACCUCAGUGAAUCCUGGGGUCAACCCAGAGAGAAGGUGCAAGUAACCGGUGAUAUAUUCGCUGACCGUCGCUGCCUACAACGACCAAUCAACAUCAUAACAAUGUUAUACGAGAACACCCAUAACGUCCUGCAGGUUCCACUCAAAGUGAACGUAGAAAUACUAGACACACCAGCAGUUAUUGAGCUGGACUCACGGGUGCUCGGGGUGACGCUCAACGCGGACCAGGUGCUACAGUCCAGCGGAGAAGUCAACCCCAAGAUGCCCAAGUGUGAACCUGACCCCAACAUGUUGAGCAGUUCACCAGUACUGGUGACGUUGAUGCACCGGCAUUCCCAGUUCACCAUGAGAAAACCUCUCUUCCACUCGAACUCCUCCACUGAUAUAGUAACCCGGUACUGCGUGUGGUGGAACCCAGACGUCGGUGAAGCUGGUGGAUGGGACCCGUCUGGGUGUCGUAUCUGGUACACUAACCCUCAGUACACCAAGUGUGCGUGUCAACAAACAGGAAUGUACGCCGUCCUCAGCCAGACGAUUCAAACUAUGUCAAUACCAACUGAGCCAUCCUGGCUGCAGACAUUGAGGUAUGUCUUCUACGGUCUCUCAGCUGCCUGCCUCCUCCUCUUCAUCCUCGUCGUCGCCCUCUCCGGGGAAUUGAAGGAGCAGUUCCACUUAAUGGGUGUGACUCUAGCUUUGGUGCUGCUGGCUGGCAGUGUCUUUAUGGUGCUGACUGACCUAAACUCUGUAAGGGACACUAGACACAUGUGUACAGCCGUCGGUACCCUACUCCACUUCCUGUACCUGUGUGCUGGAGCCUACGUAGCUAUGAUCGGCCAUGCUACCUUCGACUGUGUCACUUCAGGCAUCAUAGGUGGCCGGCUGCAGGCGUACGGGUGUGUGGGCGUGGGUCUAACACUUAUCUCCGUGGGGUGCGCCUACACAUUCUUCCUCCAAGACCUGGGAAAUGAUCCUCGCUGCUUCAUAUCAUGGAGCAACUUUCCCAAGCUGCUAUUCUUCAGCCCACAAGUGGCAUUCUGCUGCGUUGGCCUCUUCUGUGCCAUCGUCAUUUUCUUCAACCUGCACACUGCUUCCCUUAGGAACAACCCAUCCAUUACCGACUACCGCACCUUCAGUCUAGGAGCGUCCUUGUUUGCCGUCUACUUCUCGCUGACCUGGAGUAUUGGUGUGGUGUCCUACCUUCACCUCGACUUACAGAUAGACUUCUAUCCCUACUUUCAAAUCCUAAAUGGCUUGAUGGGAGUAGUGUUGCUGCUGUGUUUGGGAGCGUGUUCUUCACGCUUCAGGAUGGUCCUCGCAGGCAAAGCCAAACGCAGGGUAAACACCUUUUUUUUUUUAGCACCUGUCUAACAGGGUGUUAACAGCCCUGUCUAAGGCGUACUGCUCUUUCCCUCAGGGAUACUACACGUAACAGUCUGCUAACACCCAAGUACACUGUACUUAUUUACUGGUAGGUGAACAGGGUCAAGAAGAUAUCAGAAGCAUACCCACGUCUCCAGCUGCCCCAAAAUCAAACCCGGAGUCCUUUCGCAUCAUCCGAGGGACUCCUUCAGAUUGCAUCCUAAUCUGAUGUAAUCUGAAGAAGAUACCACCGACCUCAGAGCUAACUCAAUCAUAAUCCUCUUCUCUUAUCAACAUGGAAAUUUUAAAUAUGAAAAACAAGUUUUCUUACUUCUUUGUAUAAGUUCUAAUAUUUUACUCAUUAUUUGAUGAAAUGUGAGGUCGUCAUUAAUCAUCCUUAGCUGAUCCCUCGUGUCCAUCUUACACUGUGCAAAAAGGGCCCUAAUAUCUGGAACUCUCUGCCUGAAACAGCAAGAGGUAACCUGCCCACAAAUCAGUUUAGGACCAUACUCAAAAAUCAUAUCAUCUCU